GCCCAUAAAAGUUUCUCUGGCUUUGGCUGCCAGUCUAUAAGCUGGAAGCAGGUAGUUGUCAAAGGAUCUGUUGUUUCUUGCUAAUCAUAUGCUCCAAAAUACUUCUGAAUGUAUAAGAGACCAUAAUCUCCUUCCUAUUCCUUCUUGAAUUUGGAUGGAAAGAGUGGUGGAAGCCAUGGAAAGCUCACAACCACCUCUUUCCAUUGAGAGCUUCUCCCAUAGCUGGUUAAUCAAUUUCAGACCCUCUUUCGAAGAUUCCCUGGUAGAUGAUCCAUACGAUGAAACUGCUGCUUUCAUAGAAUUAGAUCCAAAGUUGACGCCUUCCAAGAGAUUCUUAUCAUACGCCCAUGAUUUCAGCUUCGAUUCCAAUUUCUCUCACUCUCCUCCUCUGUUUCUUGUUCACGCCGAUGAACUCUUCUCCAAUGGCCUCCUUAUGCCUAUCUUCAUCAAUCCAUCAAAGAUGGAGGCUUCGAACGCCAUUAAAGCACCACCACCACCACCAGCAGCAGCAGCACAGACAGACAUCUCUGAAGAGGAAUCAUCAGGAGCUUUAAUUCCGUCCAAUAAAGAUGGGAAAUUACAGUGGGCAUUCCUGAGGAGGUGCAGGAGAUCUUCGAAGUGGAUAUUCCACAAAUAUGUGAGUUUCUUCAAGCCUCUGUAUCAGAAAGUAAGGGAUUCUGGAAGGGCUCGUAGUACAAGUAGAACAGAGUCCAUUGACAGAAUCUGGGGAAGUUCGCGUUCUCCAGAGGUUUCUCCUCGAAACAGUUCGUUUUCUUCAACCACUGAUUGGUGUGACAUUGACGAUGCCGUCCUCCAUUGCAAGAAAUCGUUUGAAAAGGGUGAGAGACUUCUGCAGAGAGGAUGAACAAAAGAGGAAGAAGAAGAGAAGAAGCCUUGCUACUCCUUUCA